AUGGGCUCUGAGUCGUUUAUGUCGGCCCUCAAGGCGUUCAUCCGGCAUCCAUUUGUAGAGAUCUUUACCUGGCUCUACCUGGCUCUGCAAGCGGUUUUAGUUUACAUAUUUUCUCCCAUUCCCCCACCUCCAACCCAUCAGAAUUCAAAUAUUCCUCGGAAGAGAGUGGCAAUCAUUGGCGCAGGCCUGACCGGGGUGUCCUCGGCCGCCCACUGUGCUGGCCAUGGCUUUGACGUCCAAUUGUUUGAAUCCAGACCCAAAGAACAGGGUUUGGGAGGCAUCUGGAGUAGAGUCAAUUCCACAUCCGCAUUACAAGUUCACAGUGUCAUGUACCGUUUCCAUCCGUCGGUCAGCUUUGACAGCGCAUACCCCACCCAGCAACAGAUCAAGGAGCAGAUAGUCGAUGUCUGGAAACGCUACGACUUGGAAAAGCGUACCGCCUUUGAGACCAAAGUCACAUCCGUGAAGAAGACCAAGAGUGGCCAGUGGAUUAUCAACAACGACGAAUCGCAGUACGGCCGAUUCGACGGAAUAUUGGCUACAGUAGGCGUAUGUGGGGACCCCAAGAUGCCCCCUCUGCCUAGCCAAGAGAAGUUCGAAGGCCAGAUCUACCACUCCUCUGAGCUGGAUGGCAAGGAUGCCAAAGGCAAAAAGGUGCUCAUUGUGGGAGGUGGCGCUAGCGCCAUCGAGGCCUUGGAGUUCGCCGUCAAAAAUGGCGCGGCCGAGAUCGAUGUCCUUUCUCGAUCUGAUAAAUGGAUUAUUCCUCGGAAUAUACUCGUACAAUCAUUGUUGGCAUGCAAUAUCUUCGGCCAAGAAACAGCUCUUUCGUGGAUCCCCGAGUGGUUGCUGCGCAAGUUUUUCUACCGUGAUCUUCAAGAUAUUGCUCCGACAGACAAUGGCAUCUUUACUGGGACUCCAAUGGCCAAUGACGAAUUGUUCAACCAGAUCCGCCAGGGAAAGGCUCACUGGCUACGCGGGGACAUUGUCUCCGUGGAAGAGAAAGGCGUGGUAUUCAACCAUCGAUCUAAAGGUGUUCCAAAAGGAGGACCUGGCCGCGAACGAUUAGUUGAAGGUGAUAUCAUCGUCAUGGCCACCGGUUUCAAACGGCCUUCAUUGUCCUUCUUGCCUGAUGAGUGUUUUGAUGAACCUUACGGGCCGCCUAGCUGGUAUCUCCAAGUCUUCCCACCCAAAUACCCGGAUAUUUGUGCCAACAACAGCACCUACGUCGAUGCAAUUGGUACAGUGGGCAAUAUGCAUAUCGGAAUCUACACGCGAUUCCUGCUCAUGUUCUUGACCGAUCCACUGACCCGACCCACUGAGGCUUGGAUGAAGACCUGGAUUGACUUCACCAGGUUCAUGAAGCGAUUGGCUCCCACUGGAGCAUUUGACUUCUUUACCUAUGCUGAACUGAUUUACUGGUAUCUCUUUGUCCUUGUCAUCAAUCCCUUCCGUUGGAAAUGGGCGUUAUUUGUGUUCUUUGGGAUUGGCCGUGGCUUACCCUUGAUGUUUGUGGAACGAGAAAAUUCCUUCCGCAAGGAGCUGAAGAAACAGCGCAAGACCAAGAAAUCCCAUUGA